AUGGACUCUUCUCCGCAACAAGCGCAAACAUCCACUCCCAAUAUCGAACGACCAUUUCGAUUACUUGUCAAAGAUCGUCUAUUUAUUAUUGAAUCGACAAUUAUUGCCAAACUUUCGCCUAUAUUUGCUGGAAUUGUGGUCCAUCCAGAUAAUAACUCAUCUGGCACAACUGAUAGCAAUGAUCAACCUUUACGGGAAAUUGUAGAUGAAAGCAGCGGUGAUAUUGCUACGUUUUUAAAUUGUUGCAAUGAUACUAAUCUUAUAGAUGAAAACAAUUUUGCAACAGUGCUGCGUUUAUCGAAGAAGUACCAAGUAAAUUCGUUGAUCGAAGCUUGUGAGGGAUUCAUUUCCCGUAAAUGCAAUUUAGAUGGAUUAAAGGCAGAUCAGGUGGUAACACUUUUGGUCUUAAGCAGUGAAUAUCAUUUGUGCAGAGAAGUAAUGGUUAAACUGAUCAAUCGGAUAGCUUCUGAAACUAAAAAUGAUUUAGCACGCUUGAAAUUAAGCAGGUUAUUACCACCACAGUUACAUAGUUCAAUAAUAGCAACAAAUUUAAAUAUGACUCAUAUCAAAGAAAUUGAAGCGAUGAAUGGUCAUCUAUUCAAGAUGAAUCGUUCCAUAACAUUGUAUAGACGAAUGGCUUGUGAGAUGUGCAAAAGAAUUACUGAUUCCGCCUAUUGUGAAGGCUGUAAGAAAGCAUUUUGCAAAGAUCAUUGGACUCGAAAUAAAUGCACAAGCAAUUAUGGACAAAAUAUGAUAGAUGAAUUGCGACAAAAUUUGGUAGAAUUGGAAUAUGAAUAA